UUGAUAUUAGAGCUGGUCAGGUAUCCCUGUCAAUUGCUGAUCUAAUAUAGUUGUUUUAGAAGUAAUUAUUUUAGAAUAAAUUGUAAUCAUGUCUGAUUUUGAUUCACUAUCAUCGGUUUCAAGCGAUAAGGAACUACAGGAUUUUUUGAUGGUUGAAAAACAAAAGGCUCAAGUGAAUGCACAGAUACAUGAAUUCAAUGAUAUCUGUUGGGAAAAGUGCAUUGGCAAACCAGGAUCGAAACUCGACAGUUCGACGGAAACAUGUUUAAGCAACUGCGUUGAUCGUUUCAUUGAUACAUCACUGCUAGUCACGCAGCGCUUUGCACAACUAUUACAAAAGCGUUCAGGUGCAUUAUAAAUCACAAAAGCAAUUGUUUCUAACUUGUCGGAAAGUUAGAUUUAUCAAAAACCAAAUUACUACUCUGUACCGUGCGUAUAUAAAAAAUUAACACACUGCGAAAGAUUCGUUACUUUAAAUCAAAAAGUAACAACUAUAGCAGAUAAACUGACAGCUAGCUAAAAGUUGCUAUGGUUAAUAUAAAGAACACCUGUAACCAUUGUGAAAAUCAAUUAUAGCCAAAAAAGACGAACUUUUAGCUAAAUGAAAUAGACGAUUUUUAUUUAAAAUAUGUUUUGUUAUCUUUUAGCUUUAAAAUAAAAACAAUUACACUGUAAUUCUAAUCCUGAUUAUCAAGAUGUUAA